CAUCCAGCUCCAAGGAAGGAAGGAGGAACUGCUCGAGCCGCGUGUGUCACUUCCAGUGUGCUGCAAAAAACGCACUGCUAUGUGAUUCCUCGGAAAUAUUUAGCUGCCUCUGCGGUCGGUGGGAAGUAAGGUUAGAAAGUUUGGGAUCACAGCCGGUGUUUUGGGGGGCGCGGGGUGCGUAAGGACGGUGGUGCAAAGUGGUUUCGGAAGUGGAGCGUGGCAGAGAAAAGGAAGAAAGAGGAGGCUUUUCUUUCCCGUGUGAUACCAGAUAGCUCGCUUCGCCUGCUUGCCACGACGGGACUGACGUAGAAUAUGGCGGAGCAUCACCCGGUUUCCGACAACAAACACAAAUCCUCCCUGAACUCGGGAGCGUCGUACUCCGGGAACGGGCGCAGCAGCACGGCGGUGGCGGAGAGAGGGAGCAGCGCCGGAGCGGGAGGAGGAGGUCUGUCCGGCGGCCUGUCGCAGCCGGCCGGGUGGCAGUCUCUGCUGUCUUUCACCAUCCUCUUCCUGGCCUGGCUGGCCGGUUUCAGCUCCAGGCUCUUCGCUGUUAUUCGCUUCGAGAGCAUCAUUCACGAGUUCGACCCCUGGUUCAACUACAGGUCAACUCACCACCUCACCACCAAUGGCUUCUAUGAGUUCCUGAACUGGUUUGAUGAAAGAGCCUGGUACCCUCUGGGCAGGAUAGUAGGGGGCACAGUUUACCCAGGCCUUAUGGUCACAGCGGGCCUUAUCCACUAUGUGCUCAACCUGCUGCACAUUACUGUCCACAUCCGAGAUGUGUGUGUGUUCCUUGCCCCAGUGUUCAGCGGCCUGACCUCCAUCUCUACGUUUCUGUUGACAAGGGAGCUGUGGAACCAGGGCGCGGGGCUGCUGGCCGCCUGCUUCAUAGCCAUCGUCCCCGGCUACAUCUCUCGCUCCGUGGCUGGUUCUUUUGACAACGAAGGCAUUGCUAUCUUUGCCCUGCAGUUCACCUAUUACCUUUGGGUGAAGUCAGUGAAGACGGGAUCUGUCUUCUGGGCCAUCGGAUGCUGCCUUUCCUACUUCUACAUGGUGUCAGCUUGGGGCGGUUACGUGUUCAUCAUCAACCUUAUUCCUCUUCAUGUAUUUGUCCUGCUGCUCAUGCAACGCUUCAGUAAGAGAGUCUACAUAGCCUACAGCACUUUCUACAUCAUCGGACUGGUCCUGUCCAUGCAGAUCCCCUUUGUGGGCUUCCAGCCAAUCAGGACCAGUGAACACAUGGCUGCAGCAGGCGUGUUUGUACUGCUUCAGGUCUACGCCUUCUUGCAGUACCUGAAGGACAGACUGACCAGGCAGGAGUUCCAGACUCUUUUCUUCUUGGGAGUGUCUCUGGCUGCUGGAGUGGUUUUUCUCUCCGUCAUCUAUCUGACAUACACAGGGUACAUUGCUCCUUGGAGUGGGCGCUUCUACUCCCUCUGGGAUACUGGCUAUGCUAAGAUCCACAUUCCCAUCAUAGCAUCGGUAUCUGAGCACCAGCCCACCACAUGGGUGUCCUUCUUCUUUGACCUUCACAUCCUCGUCUGUACUUUCCCAGCAGGCCUUUGGUUCUGCAUUAAGAACAUCAAUGAUGAGCGUGUGUUUGUGGCCUUGUAUGCGAUCAGCGCUGUGUAUUUUGCCGGUGUGAUGGUGCGGUUGAUGCUGACCCUGACUCCAGUGGUGUGCAUGCUGUCAGCCGUGGCCUUCUCCAGUGUCUUUGAACACUACCUGGGUGACGACAUGAAGAGGCAGAGCCCGCCUACAGAAGACAGCAGCGACGAGGAUGACAGGAAAAACGCAGGGAACCUCUACGACAAGGCUGGGAAGGUGCGUAAACAUGUAUCAGAGCAGGAGAAGGCUGAGGAGGGCCUGGGCCCCAACAUCAAGUCCAUAGUCACCAUGCUGAUGUUGAUGCUGCUCAUGAUGUUUGCCGUCCACUGUACCUGGGUCACCAGCAACGCCUACUCCAGCCCCAGUGUAGUCUUGGCCUCUUACAACCAUGAUGGCUCUCGUAACAUCCUGGACGACUUCAGGGAGGCCUACUACUGGCUGAGGCAGAACACAGACGAGCAUGCUAGAGUGAUGUCGUGGUGGGACUACGGCUACCAGAUAGCAGGCAUGGCCAACAGAACCACGCUGGUCGACAACAACACAUGGAACAACAGUCAUAUAGCACUGGUGGGAAAAGCCAUGUCCUCCAAUGAGACUGCAGCCUAUGAAAUCAUGAGGUCACUGGAUGUUGACUAUGUCCUCAUUAUCUUUGGAGGCGUGAUUGGCUACUCAGGCGAUGACAUCAACAAGUUCCUGUGGAUGGUGCGCAUCGCAGAGGGGGAGCACCCCAGGGACAUCAGGGAAAGUGACUACUUCACCCCCCAGGGAGAGUUCAGAGUGGACAAAGCAGGCUCCCCCACCCUGCUCAACUGCCUUAUGUACAAAAUGUCUUACUACCGCUUCGGAGAGAUGCAGUUGGAUUUCCGGACGCCGCCGGGCUUUGACCGGACACGUAAUGCUGAGAUCGGCAACAAGGACAUCAAGCUAAAGCACUUGGAGGAAGCCUUCACUUCAGAGCACUGGUUGGUCAGGAUUUAUAAGGUCAAAAAGCUGGAGAACAGGGACCGUGUUGAGCACAAGCAGCAAGGCACUGACACCACCAAGCAGAAGUACACCUCCAAAAAGACAGCCAAGAGGAAGCGGGGAUACAUCAAGAACAAGCUGUCACUCAAGAAGGGCAAGAAACUGGCCAAGAAAUCUUUAUAGGAAGUCCACCACCAACGGAGGCAGACUGUGGAUGGGAGGGAGGAAGAAAAUCUUACACACAGAACUCUCAACAAAAACACGCAGCAGCAACAGUAAAACAAAAAUCCACCAACCAAGAUGAUUAAGGAACACCGGAGCUUGUCCAGACCCCUGUCAUCCCGACUGUGUUCACCUGGAGGCCCAGGCCAGAAAUGUCAUCAUCACCCAGGAAACCACAGAAUGUGCUGAACCCCAGCUGACCUUAGACCUCAUCAGCGGGGUCAAGGAGAAGAGACGGAGGACAGGAGAUGUCAGCAAGUCCAGGAUCCUAACCCACGCCCGUUUAAACCUGAGGAACUGUGACCUUUGACUCGCUUUUCUUUUUGUACUUGAACGUAAUGGGAGACGGAGAGCAAGAGAGAUUAGCUGUCCUUCAUCCAGGGACUCUGCUUAGGGUGGCUCUAUGCAUUGCAUCAUUCAUACAGAUAGAGAAAAGCCAUCACUCUACCAUGUCUCAAAUUCAAUACUAAAACCCUAAACCGGCUCCAGCUGAGCAUUUUCUUGACAAACAUUCACCUCGUUCUGCUGCACUGACGGGACACAUUCUUUGAGGAUAAUUUGUGUUCAUAGGAUCUUGGCCCUUAUUUUCAUAAUUUUUAUCAGUUCUAACACUGUACUCACAGUGACAUGGCUAAAAAGAAGUCCAACAUGGACAGAAACAUCUGAUCAGACAAGUUACAAACAAACCUCCAGGUUCGACCAAAAAGACAAAUUGAAGUGUACAGUCACAGCCCACUUUUUAAUUAACUUCCAUCAUAGUUCACAGGCCACGUCGCUGCUUGAUCUCUGACCUGCUGCACUUGACAAAAUUACGCCAUUUUUCUCACCGAUUAUUGUUACAGAGACUUGCUCUCUCUGUUUUAGGAAUAAUUAAAAGGAUGUUGCAGAGGUUUAAUAGAAUGGUGACUCCAAGAAGCAACUGUUUAAAAUAGAGUGGUAAAAACUGCAGCAUCAGAGCGUGAGCUAUCCUAACUUUUAGUCGCUAGUAUGGAAACUAUAAAAACACUGGAACCUACAUUUCCCCUAAUGCAGCUGGGUAGCUGAUGGUAAAAUCAGUGGCAUACAGCUUUAAAGGGUUUUUUACAACUUGCCUGAUCAGCUGACUGCUUAUUUCUUGACUGCUUGAUGACCAGAAAGAUGGCCAGAACUAUGAAAAUAAUCAGAAUUAUCCUUAAACCAUUAUCAUCUGUAGUGUCCAUACUUAACAGAGAGACGACCAGGGUUGAGUUUAACCAUAACAUAUCUCUAUAGGGAAGCCAUGCCAAGAAAUGAGGCCUACUUUUUAUCAAAAAUGAGUAAUGAAUGAAUGAAUGUGUUGUUCACACAGAUGGAAACAAUCCGUCUCAGUCUGUGAGCAGCACAGAAGUCCCACCAGUAACACUGUACCAAACAAACAGGACACCAAAGCAGUGCUGCAGGUUUCCUGCACAGCCUGAAGGUGAAUUCCACUGAGUAAGAUUGAGUGCACUGUCACAAAUCAUUUGGGAGUCACUCCCAGUUUAGAGUUAAUACAGUCCAUGUGCUCGCUUUUUGUUUUGUUGGCAGCUUACGCUAACAGGGGGUGCGUGUCACGUCUGUCAUUGUGAUCAUUAAAAAGCCAUUUGAAGUGUAGCGUUUAUUUGGCCUAAUUUGAAACCCUCUUCAGCUGCCAGUGCUGCUGAAAACAAUGUGAAGGAAAAUCAGCAGCACAAAUACCCAGCUGUUAGUCCACACAACCUGCUGUCAGUGUGUCGUGUGUCUAAAGGUGUCCCCGAGGCCUGAUUCCCUUUCAUCUCCUGUCACAUGUCCUACAGCACUAUGUAGAUACCAGAAGGCAUCUCCCUGCACAGGUACAGUACCAGGAUCAAACACCCUGCUCUCACUGCUCAUCCCCCUAUGAAUUCACAAAUACGUCCUCAGAGCUGUCAGCAGCAGCAGCAGCAGGAGUUUUUAUGGUUUCAGAGGUUACAGCAGCAUUACAUUCUAGUGGCUCUUUUCAAUUGGAUGAAUUGUCACUGGUUUGUGAGCCGUUUCUUCUGUGAACCAAACCAUUUAUCAUUUAAUCCGCCCAAUUCCCUUUCUUUCAAACACUCUUGUGUGACCUGACUUUGAUUCUGUUGUGAGGUUUAUUCAGAACACCAAUGUCAGAGACUCCAGGUGGAGAGGACAGAAAAGGCCUUAAAAUAAAAAACGAAAAAGAUCAUAUCGUCUCCAGAGCUGCACAGUCAGCGGGUGUAUUUAUUACAAGGACGAUGGAGGCUGCAGUGAUUAAAGCGAGCGCAGUGUCCUAUCUGUAAUGUAAGGAUUUUAUUUGGUUUUGAUUUUCCAAGUCAAAGGUUCUUCCAUCAAUUGUAAUGAUCUGGAUGCAGGUGUGAGAAUGAAACAUGCCUUUUUGAAUAAAGAGGUUGAAAUAA